AAUUUAUUAAGAGUAGGCAGCGCCGAUCGAGUGGUUGCUGCGGCGAUGGCGCCGCAAGUAAGCUGGAGCAGCAGCAGCAACGAGGUUUGCUCGACAUUAGCAAGGCCACACGAGACGAUUGCUGGUUUAGUUUCGUAGUUGUGGGAAGCGACGAACGAUUGAUUGGCAUUAGAUUGCGAAGCCACGCCGGCGUUGAGGGAUUCGAUCAGUGAGGGAGGCAUUACAUGUAGAUAUUACGAGUGGUAGCUGUGUGGAGAGCAGAUUGCUGCUGGAAGCUCUGAAGUCCUAGCUAUGGCGGAAGGGGUGGAUGAUUCGUUGUCGUCGGCGGCGAGGCCAUCGACGCUGCCCUCGCAGCAAGUGUUCAAGCUGUGGCCGCCGAGCCAGGGGACGCGGGAGGCUGUGCGUCAGAAGAUGGCUCUCAAGCUCUCGUCGGCGUGCUUUGAAUCCCAGUCGUUCGCACGGAUUGAGCUCGCGGACGCGCAGGAGCACGCCAGGGCGAUCGAGGAGGUAGCGUUUGGGGCGGCGCAGGAGGCUGACAGUGGGGGUGACAAGACAGGUAGCGCGGUGGUGAUGGUGUAUGCGAAGCAUGCGAGUAAGUUGAUGCUGGAAACGUUGCGGUCGCAGGGACGUGGAAAGAGGGAGCCUGUGACCCCGACGGCGGCGAGGGGAUUGGAGAAAGACGCUGUUGGUGGCAUUGCUUCUUCUGGGGGUGAGCAGCAAGCAAAUGGUAAGGCAGUGAAGGUGGACGAGAGUGGGAGCAAAGUAGUACAGACAUUGUUUGAUGUAUCGGGAGGCCGAAGAGCUUUCUUGACCAAAGAGCAUGCCGAAGAUUUGCUGAAACCACUAUUUGAUGAGAACGAGUACACCCAGAUUUGUCUAAGUAACUGGAGUUUUGGACAUGGCUCUGCUGAAGUAGCUGCCCGAGCUCUUUCCGCUUUGAAAGACAGACUCGUGGACGUUAACCUUGCUGACAUCGUAGCUGGAAGGCCAGAGGCAGAGGCAUUAACUGCCAUGACUACCAUUUCCACUGCUCUUGAAGGGAGCACACUGAAGUCCUUGAAUUUGUCUGAUAACGCAUUGGGAGAGAAGGGUGUUAGAGCUUUUUCUGCUCUUUUGAGUUCUCAACGUUCAUUAGAAGCACUCUACUUCAUGAAUAACGGCAUUUCCGCGGAUGCGGCUCGAGCUAUCCGCGAGAUUCUGCCAUCUUCUAAAGAGCUUCGCACUCUUCGCUUUCAUAAUAACAUGACUGGAGAUGAGGGUGCAGUAGAGCUAGCUGCUGGGGUGGUCGGAGAAGCUCCACUUUUGGAACACUUCCAAUUUUCUUCUAGCAGGGUAGGAAGUGAGGGUGGCAUUGCACUCAUGGAAGCAUUGCAAGGCGGGAAGUCAUUGAGAUCCAUCGACAUUCGGGAUAACAUGUACGGUCCCGAAGGAGGUGCUGGGCUGGCCCUGGCUUUGAGAUCGCAUACCAUGUUGAAAGAGGUCUAUCUGAGUGAUUUGGGUUUGGAAGAUGAGGGCGCUUUAGCAGUAGUCAAGGCUUUGACCGAGGCCUCUUCACAGGUGGUGAUUCUUGAGCUUGGUGGCAAUGAGAUCACUGAGAAGGUCGCUCCUGCCCUGGCAACCUGUAUUGUGUCUAUGAGACACUUAACAAGGUUAAAUUUGAUGGAGAAUGAACUGAAAGACAGAGGAGCGAUAAUUGUUUCGAAAGCUAUCAAGGGAAGACUUGAUAACCUGCGCGAGCUCGAUCUGAGUGUGAAUGAAUUAAGUCGCACUGGGGCUGUCGCAGCCGCCGAAGCAAUUGCUAACAAAAAGGAUUUCAAGUGUUUGAACCUUAAUGGCAACCAGAUCUCUGAGCAAGGUAUCGAGGCCGUGCAGGAAGUGCUAGCAAAGGGUGCGGCAGGUGUACAUGUCUUGGGUGCUUUGGAUGAGAAUGAACCGGAAGGAGAAGAGGACGAUGAAGACGAUGAUGAAGAUAAUGACACAGGUGAUGAGUAUAAUGUUGAAGGGUUAACCAACUUGGCUGUUGCCGAUUAAGAGGAUUUAAGAUUGCGGGAUAUGUGGAGGAACGGAGUUGGAAUUUGCUCAGCUGCAGGAUGAAACGAUCCCAUUAGUAGUGAUUUGCUACAACCCCCAGUUGCGCAGCGUAUCAUAGUAGCCAAAUACAUGUAGUGAGUUGAAAAGUGAUUAUCUGAGCUGGUUGUUUCAUGAGGUUUUGCACAAGAUACUUAUUUCUUUUUUCUGUGAUGGAGGCAGGCUUCUUAGUUGAAGCAGGUAGUUGUAGGUUGGCAUCUGGACGUGAGCCUCUAGACCAUGUGUCUUUACUCAUGACUUUAGUCUUAAGAGUCUACCGAAGGAGUUGACCCAAUAUCGUAGGUGACUUAUUCAUCUUUACUUUACUGAAACAGUUGCUAUAUUCUUCUCAACCAGAUCUAAUCUUUGAGGGUCCAUUUUCUUAGAAAAUCUUCUUUUACAUUUGGUACCUCGCCGUGUCGCUCGGAAGACAAGUGAACUCUAGUUCAGAUAACGAACUGACGUUUUACACUGGUUACAGUAUGAAGCUUGGAUGUGGAAGUAAUGUAGUUCUCAUUCAAACUUAAGUACUGAUCAAUAUUUUUGAGUUGUAAUACUCAUUUUUUGUAAGUGAUUUAAUCUU